UACGCUUCCUGCUUCUCUCAGAGCAGCGCGAGACCACGCGAAGCUUGUCACGCGCGAUCCUGUCACGCGCGAUGUCUGCCGCAGAGUGGAAGCAGAAAUGCGAGGCGGAGUGGGGUCUCCAGGGCGCCCCGAUGCCCGACGCUGUGGACUGGAAGUCCGUGUAUGAAGCCAAGCCGCUGGGACGGAACCUGCUGAAGAACCCGGCUCCUAUCGGGUUUAGUAAGGACACCCCUCCGCCUGAGCGUGAGUACCCAGAUGCGCCUCCACAUGGACCUCCCCGCUUUCAGCCCGAAGGUGACUUUGCUGGCUGGACCACGAACACAGAGGUCCUGCCUUACGACACCAGCGGCAUCCCAGAGGGCGUUGUGGUCUGUGCGUUGCCGCAGUACAGCUGGUUCACCUUGGAGCAGGUUGUGGACCUGAAGGCAGAGGGACUGUGGGAUGAGCUGCUGGAUAAGUUUCAGCCUGAAAUAGUCAUUCAAGAUUGGUAUGAGGAAAGUCAGGUGCACGACUACAUCUACCAGCUGCAUGUAAAGCUGCUGGCUGCAGACAAAACAACAGUCAUCUCAGAGCACACAGCUAAGCCCACAGAGAACCUGAGUGUUUACUCCCACAACUGGAAGGAGGUGUCUCACGUGUUCUCCAGCUACGGACCCGGUGUGAGGUUCGUCCACUUCCAGCACAGACUGAAGAACAGCUUCUUAAAUGACUUCUUCCCCACACGCUUCACUGGCAGCUCUGUCAUUGUGAAGCCACUCAAAAGCAGUUCAUAGGCUUAAGCUUCUAACGGAAAAGUAGCUGCUCAAUUAGGUCAGCUUUGGAAAGAACAUAAUAAAAUGUUGCACUACACCAAUCAAUCUUACUAUUGACUUAUUACUUUGUGCAAUUGUUAGUUUGUAAUAAUUUUUGACACAUUUUACAUUUGUUCUUGGGUGGAUUUACCUGUGGGGAACUAACUCAUUAUUGUGGCUUCAUAAAAACAUUGUAUUGUUGAAAACUGGUUUGAGUUGACAUGAAAUAGAUGUGUAGGGUGGGCACGCUAACCAUGAAUUAAACAAAAGCAUUUGUUUCAAAAUGCAAAACCACACGAGGCUGAUGAUAAUCAAAUGUUUUUCAUACUGGCAAUUUAGUUUAGUCACAUAAAGGAGUUUUACAAACAUUUCAAAAGAAGUUAUAUGGGAUACAGUUUGGUUCAGUUUGAUUCAGUCCAGGUCAUUUAAAUUUAUGUCAACAACGCAAUUCAAUUUUAAUGUCCAUUCAUCGGAAAUGAUUAAUAUGAUACAGUGCAAAUAUAGUCAGUUUACCAUAAAAGAAAAAAUUGAGUUGGAGUCCA